GGGCGCCCAUGGAGCCGGGCUUGCCGGCUCGAGAGACAGCUAUGGCGCCGCUGCUGGAGUAUGAGCGGCAGCUGGUGCUGGAACUACUGGAGGCGGACGGGCUGGUAGUGUGCGCCCGCGGGCUCGGCGCGGACCGGCUCCUCUACCACUUCCUCCGGCUGCACUGCCACCCGGCGUGCCUGGUGCUGGUGCUCAACACGCAGCCGGCCGAGGAGGAGUAUUUUAUCAAUCAGCUGAAGAUAGAAGGAGUUGAACAUCUCCCUCGCCGUGUAACAAAUGAAAUCACAAGUAGCAGUCGCUAUGAGGUGUACACACAAGGCGGUGUGAUAUUUGCAACAAGUCGAAUACUUGUGGUUGAUUUCUUGACUGAUAGAAUACCUUCAGAUUUAAUUACCGGCAUCUUGGUGUAUAGAGCUCACAGAAUAAUCGAGUCUUGUCAAGAAGCAUUCAUCUUGCGCCUCUUCCGACAGAAAAACAAACAUGGUUUUAUUAAAGCUUUCACAGACAACGCUAUUGCCUUUGACACCGGCUUUUGUCAUGUGGAGAGAGUGAUGAGAAAUCUUUUCAUAAGGAAGCUGUAUCUGUGGCCAAGGUUCCAUGUAGCAGUAAACUCAUUUUUAGAACAGCAUAAACCCGAAGUCGUAGAAAUUCAUGUUUCUAUGACACCUGCCAUGCUUGCUAUACAGACUGCUAUUCUGGACAUUCUGAAUGCAUGUCUAAAGGAACUAAAAUGCCAUAACCCGUCGCUUGAAGUUGAAGAUUUAUCUUUAGAAAAUGCUAUUGGAAAACCUUUUGACAAGACAAUCCGCCAUUAUCUGGAUCCUUUGUGGCACCAGCUUGGAGCCAAGACUAAAUCCUUGGUUCAGGAUUUGAAGAUAUUACGAACUUUGCUGCAAUAUCUCUCUCAGUAUGAUUGCAUCACAUUUCUUAAUCUUCUGGAAUCUCUCAGAGCAACAGAGAAGGCAUUUGGUCAGAAUUCAGGUUGGCUGUUUCUUGACUCCAGCACCUCAAUGUUUGUAAAUGCUCGAGCAAGGGUUUAUCAUGUUCCAGAUGCCAAAAUGAGUAAAAAAGGCAAACUGCCUGAAAAACUAGAGAUUAAAGAAGAGCAAGAAACAAGAAAGGAACUGGUCCUAGAAAGCAACCCAAAAUGGGAAGCACUCUCGGAAGUAUUGAAAGAAAUUGAGGCAGAGAAUAAGGAGAGUGAAGCCCUUGGUGGUCCAGGACACGUUCUCAUUUGCGCAAGUGAUGACAGGACCUGUUCCCAGCUGCGAGAGUACAUCGCUGUCGGAGCAGAGGCCUUCUUGUUGAGGCUCUACAGGAAAACCUUUGAGAAGGACAGCAAAGCCGAAGACGUGUGGAUGAGGUUUAGGAAGGAGGAUGGCUCAAAGAGAAUUAUGAAAUCCAUCAAAAGGCCCAAAGGCGUCCGAAACAAAGACAGGGCUUCUGCCAAAGAGAGGGCUCUCAAAAAGAAGAAACCAAGGCUGACUUUAACUCAGAUGAUGGAACAAUCUGAAGAACUGGAGGAGGAGGGGGCUGUCGAGGAGGGCUGUCCGAGAGACCUAAGCAGUAGCCCCGAAAGCUGCUUAGAAGAAAUUAAGCACGAGGAGUUUGAUUUAAACGUGUCCUCUGAUGCCGCGUACGGAAUCAUGAAAGACCCCCUCACCAUUAUCCACCCACUCCUGGGCUGCAGUGACCCCUACGCUCUGACACGGGUGCUCCACGAGGUGGAGCCAAGAUACGUGGUCCUGUACGACGCAGAGCUGACCUUCGUGCGUCAGCUUGAAAUUUACAGGGCAAGUCGGCCCGGGAAACCCCUGAGGGUUUACUUUCUUAUAUACGGAGGUUCAACCGAGGAACAACGCUAUCUCACUGCUUUGCGGAAAGAAAAGGAAGCUUUUGAAAAACUCAUAAGGGAAAAGGCUAGCAUGGUUGUCCCUGAAGAAAGAGAAGGAAGAGACGAAACGAACCUCGACCUCGUAAGAGGCUGUGUAUCUGCAGGUGCUCCCACCGACACACGCAAAGCCGGCGGCCAGGAACAGAAUGGUACCCAGCAAAGUAUCGUUGUGGACGUGCGCGAGUUUCGAAGCGAACUCCCAUCUCUGAUCCACCGUCGGGGCAUUGACAUUGAGCCAGUGACCUUAGAGGUCGGAGACUACGUGCUGACUCCAGAAAUGUGCGUGGAGCGCAAGAGCAUCAGUGAUUUGAUCGGCUCUUUGAACAACGGCCGCCUCUACAGCCAGUGCGUCUCCAUGUCCCGCUACUACAAGCGGCCGGUGCUUCUGAUCGAGUUCGACCCCACUAAGCCCUUCUCUCUCGUGUCCCGAGGCGCCUUCCAUCAGGAGAUCUCCGGCGGCGACAUCAGCUCCAAGCUCACGCUCCUCACGCUGCACUUCCCCAGGCUCCGCGUCCUCUGGUGCCCCUCCCCGCACGCCACCGCGGAGCUGUUUGAGGCGCUGAAGCAGAACAAGCCACAGCCGGACGCGGCGACGGCCAUGGCCGUGACAGCCGAUUCCGAGACCCUCCCCGAGGCAGAGAAGUAUAAUCCCGGUCCCCAGGACUUCUUGUUAAAAAUGCCAGGGGUAAAUGCCAAAAACUGUCGCUCCCUGAUGACCAACAUUAAGAACAUCGCCGAAUUAGCAAGCCUGUCCCUCGACAAGCUGGUGCUCCUGCUGGGGAACGUGGCAAAUGCCAGGCAGCUCUAUGACUUCAUUCACACCUCCUACGCAGAGGUCAUCUCCAAAGGGAAAAUGGAAAAAUGAACGGUGGUGCCUGUUUUCUUAUUCCGUGACUGUGCUUCUCAGCUGCUCCUUGCCUGCCCUCACAGGUCUUUAUUAAUUAUUAGCCCAGUAGCUCAUUCUCUGCCAGUCUUUGAAUGAUUAGGCUGUUUCCUGGGUCAGGGGGCCAGAGGCCAAGGCUGGGCUCUGAACUUUGCGUUCAGGAAUCAUUUUUACUUCCCACGCCUGCUCUCCUCCUUCCCUGCACCAUCCAUGCCAGGUCUAGUACGUUCCAUUUUUACAUGAGGUGUUGUCAGGAUCAGGGAAAGUGUCUGCAGGUGUUUAUAGAAGGCCAUUUCUGAAACAUGCAAAAACUUAGAUUUCCUCCACAGACUGAAAACGUACCAUCGUGCUCUUACACUCUGUCUACAGAGGGGCUCCCAGGACACUGAGAAGGGAACAUCUCUGGAUUCCCGACCUGUUCUCCCCUCCAGGUUUUCCUCAGCUGCGUGCUUCUCCCACGUGUCUGCCUCUGGGAUACAUUCAUGGGGACUUCCUACUGCUAAUUGAAGAAAGGCAGCCACCCCUAAAACCGGCCAGUCGGUCUUCUGAUCACCUGGAGAUGUGUAGCACGUACUAUAACUGGAUUGUUCAAAACAUAAAAUGAAUUACCUAUUUACAGAAUUGGAUGACGUGGGUGAAGGAGCCCUGAAAAUGCUCAGUUUUUAUAGCUAUUUAUCCUCCCAAGUCCCAGCAGAGUCUCUUAGACUUCCUCCUUCCCAGCCUCUCCUCACCUGUCCUGGGACCCCCAGCUCGGGUCCUCUCCCGGGUCUCCGCCCACCACGUCCCUGUGCCAGAGCAGCCUCCUGUGCCUCUGUGUGGGGACUGCCAUGCAAGCAAAGGAGGGACCCACAGCGUUUAAGAUUUGAUUUUCCUUCCUUGAGUCAGAAGGUUUCUAAGGAGAUGGACGGUCAAUGCAUAGAAUAUAUAAAAAUCCUAAAGAAAUACAUAUAUAUUUUAAAAUCCAUAAGGAAAACAGUCUCAUUCCAAACUUCCUUCUGGUC